AUGACUUACGAGGAACUCACUGUGGAAAUUCUUGAUUGGACCAAUAAAGUUUUAUGCAACAAGAUGAUCCCCAUAGUGAAGGUGCAGUGGCAGCACCACACUCCAGAAAGGCAACGUGGGAGUUGGAGAGCCAUGCCAGUUGUUAAUCUUAAAACACCAACUCUCUGUCUUGUUGGGGCUCCUAGUGUGGGGAAGUCAUCCUUGGUUCGUGUACUUUCAACAAGGAAACCUAAGGUCUACAACUGUCCCUUUACAACUAGAGGAAUUCUGAUGGGUCACAUAACCUUGAACUACCAGUACUUUCAAGUGAUAGAUAUUCCUGACCUCCUAAAGAGAUGUGAUAAGGAUAGGAAUAAUUUGGAGAAGUUAACUCUUGCUAUACUCACACAUCUACUAAUAGUAGUGCUAUACAUGCAUGAUCUAUUUGGAGAAUAUGUGACCUCACUAGAUCAAUUUAAGAUAUCUAGAGAAUUUAGGGAGGGUUUUCCUAAUCAUCUGUGGCUUGAUAUCAUCUCAAAUUGUGAUCUACUUACUACAAGCACCUUACACUUGUUUGACAUAGAAGAUGGAGAUAUUGACCAUGUUGAAAUGGCACGGUGUCAAAAUAUAGGACUUGAUCGAGCAAGCCAUGUAUUAGUUAAGACUGCAAAAGGUCUUGAUGAGCUAAAGGAUAGGGUGUACAAACUGUUGAAUGCUCAAAUGAACAAGAUAAGAGGUCAAAAGAGGGACGAAGAUAACAAAUGA